UACGUCUGCUCAGCGCUCAACCUCUUGCCGACCAGGACCCUCAGAGACCUUGAACUUCACGUCAUUGAUAUCAAUACAUCUCCCAUGAGCCAUCAAGACCCAGUCCAAAACCAGUUUACUUGGCCCGACCUCCCUUACUUCCAGAAUCUAAGGUCCCUCAAACUCUUCGGUCUUUGUGAUCCCAUGAGCCGGUUAGCGCGCGAUAUUGCAAGAGUUCUAAUUGCCUCACCCCAACUCAAGAUCCUUGGUUUAGGUAUGCACAUGUGUGACUUCAUCAUGAGAUUCGGAAUGCCUGGACUUGGCGACGGUACCAACAACAAGCUCCUUAUUAAGGAAAUCAUCGAUGAGAUGCAGAAGUUGAGAGUGGCAGACGAGUCUCAGCUAGAGCUAGAGGAACUAUGUCUAGGACUUGGAGGACUUCCGGGGUCACCACUUCCAGUCGAGCAGGCGAUCCGUGAUAUUUCGCCUCUCACAAGAUUGGAGAAGCUGCAAGUCCUACAAUUGAUUAACGGUGAUGGUGUGCACACCACCUUCACAAUAGAUUCAGAGGCCUUCUACCCAUGUACAAGCCUGAGACGUUUGGUUGUCGACAUUCUCAACGAUGACAUCUCGGAUAUAAUACAGACGUUACACUCUUCUUCAAGCAAUCUUGUCGAGAUUCAAAUUCGUCGUACUCAUUCCCAAGCACGGAAACUCCAUCUUGGUCCACAAUAUCAAAUGAUGCCGGUCGAGCCGGGACUAGCAUUACUCAAAACGCUCGGGACGGAUUGGGUCAAAAUGCAUCUAGAGAUGCCAUCGGCCCUCGAAAGUCUGUUCCGUUUUCAAGAGAAUGACAGGACGUAUGCGAAGUUGGAAGAGUUAUCUUUGUUUCUGACAGUAGGUCCUAAUGGAACUGUUUAUGGUUUGAUUGGACCAGUAGAACACAGACAAUGGGCCCUCCUCCGCACCAGCCUCGUCAAUCUCCCUUGUCUCCGUCGCCUACUCCUUCGAUUCGACUGCCCCGUCCCCAAAUCUGUUGCAUCUUCCCUAGCAUCUACUCUCUUCUCUGCUCAUGAGGAUUUCAUGCACUUCCAGAACUUACCUUCAAACUUUACUUAUAUCACUUUGAAAUCGUCGGAAAGUGAGUUUUUUAGUUUUAGGAGGAUAUUUGUCCCGGGUAGCAUACCAAUAGGUGUUGAGACUAGGAGAAGGGCGUGGAGUCUGGUCGAUGUUCCGAGGGACGAGACAAAUGAUUGGAAUUGGGAUGUAACACACGAACCACCCGAACCACAUCAACGUUACUACUCCUCGGAGUUUUGAUAUCGCGAGCAGAAUUUCAGGGGAAUACCCACCUUGGUACAGGUACAGCAUAUAAUAGCGGGAUUAGGAGAAAAAUUGGUAUGGAAAAUCUUUGGAGUCAGGUUCUUGAAGUAUACAAAUUGGGACAUUCUGGAAAAUCAAUAUGGUAUAUGGUGCGCGCCACUCGUCCUAAAGAUCGAGACCUGAAAAUGCAAAAUCAACGCUAAUUCCACU